CACUACUACUGCUGCUGCUGCUGCUGCUGGUGGUCGUGGUGGUCGUGCUGCUGGCGGUCGACGCGCUGAGCUGCGGCUGGCCGCCCGCCGCCCCCUUGUCCUUCUGUGCCGUGGGGUGGUCCUUGGUGUGGUGUGCGAACGUCUUGGCCGACUCGUCUGCGAUGGGGAUGGUGGAGCUGGUGGGGAGGGGCCGGACGGAGAGGGAGGCCCUGCAGGUCCGACGGGUGGCACUUGGACAGCAGGCGGUUGAUGAUGGCGGCCCCCUGCACCACUAUAGAGGUCGACCGACGAAUCUCACUGCAACAAACACAUCCACAAUACAUGUGAACAAAGAGCACUCGCUGUAUUCCCUGUUCCCUUCGGUCGUGCGCUCUUACGCACUCGAACGUGGGUGUGCGGCCGGCAUCGCUGCUCCCAUUGUCAACCGGCACAUCCUCCGUGUCGUCAAACAUCGGCCCGUCCCACUCUUCACCCUCGAUGUCCUCUUGGUCGUCGACGAAGAACGCUGUCCCGCGUUCUUCGGGUACACCUGGCCGCCCAUAUGGCCACAGUACAUAUCCCUGAGAGGACUGACUACUGGAGGGGUCGGCCGGUGCACCGCGGACCACCGCGUACUGCUGGUUCUCUGGCUGCGGUGGAAUAAAAAUGAAAUCCUCGGGGAUCUGCUGGAGGGGAAUGCGGGAUGGCGAUGCGCUCCCACUACCAGACAUCGCGGCC